AUGCCCUUUCGCCCUGUAAAACCGUCGGUAAAGAAGAGCGGCAGGUCUGCCCGCGUCCGACAGCUUGCACCGCGCGAGGUAUACAUCAGGGCUUGUGCAGAGGCAGGCCUGAGUCCGAAUAGCGGUCUGAUUGACCUCCUUUCCGUUUACCAAGAGUCUGCCAGUGUAGAGUCCAUCGACGUUAGCCACAACUAUUUGGGAGACAGGGGGGUCAUUCCUCUGCUAGCCGUUGUGGAUCGAUGCAGCAAUCUGCGCGAUAUCAUUCUUAGCGAGAAUGGUCUGCGUAACAAUGCCGUUGCUGCACUGUGCAACUCUGCUGUGAAGCAUCCCUCUUUGAAGAGCAUUGAUGUCUCCGAUAAUUAUAUCAGUGAGGGCGCUGCUGUUCAGCUUCAUCGGCUUUUGGAGGAUAAUCCCAAGGUAUGUGAGCUUGGGAUAGACAAUACUAAAAUUGAUGUGGAGUGGCGUCUGAAGCUGCGUGACCUUGUUCGAGUGAAUGCUGCUGCUGCUGCUGCUGCUGCUGCCGCCGCUGCCGCACCUGCCGCAGCCGAAAGUUAG